AUGGCCGGAAAACAAGAAACCAGAAGUGCUUACAAGAAUUUUCCAGCUGACGCGGAUUUUCCAGAUCUUUCGCAACACAAUAACUACAUGGCUAAAGCUCUGUCGAAGGAGAUUUAUGGAAAACUGCGCGACAAAGUUACUAAGAACGGUUUCACAUUGGACGGCGUUAUUCAGACCGGCGUUGAUAAUCCAGGUACUUACUUAAUGAAAAAAAAAAAACAACGGAAAAAACCCUAAAAAAGUAACAUUUUUGCAACGGGGAUCGAAGAACAAUUCGGUUGUGAUUAUUAAAUUUGUAUUAAUAAUUGAUUAAGAAAAUUGUUGAACCAGUUUCGGCUAAUUGCAAUUCCUGAAAGGAAAUUGAAAAUGUCAUGAAAAAAACCCUUUAGUAUUUAUGUUUAAGAUUGGUAAAGCUAAACUCAACUAAACCUUUUUUAAUUUCAGCGCUUUCUCAUAUGAAAAAAAGGGUAUUAAACCAACUUUAUACUGAGUAGUUUGAUGUAGUUCUUAACUGUUCUUCCUAGAAGUCCAGUGAAUCUAUCUCUUUUUGGUCUAUUGAAACUACAGGAAGAAACCCGAAACUAAACUAAAUUUAUUUAUGCUGGAUAGCUAUAUAUUAAAAGGUAUCCCUUAUUGCUCCAGUGUUACAAUCCAAAGUGCGGUGCCCAAUACUGGAUGCACUCUUUUCGUAUGCAACCGAGAAAUUCAGAUAAUCAAACAACAAUCCUCAACAGCAUAUGUGGUAGAAAUCGAAUCCCGGUUGCAGACAUGAACAGCGCAUGCACUAAAACCCAAGUUAAGAAGUUCAAAGGGAAAUGUACUUUACUGUUCUGUACAGAUGCUUUCUGUUUUGUCUUUUCUACUUUUCACAAUAUUGUUAAUCCUUGUGUUCUUCGUUGUUAAUCCUUGUGGUCAUCAUUGAUGCAUGGUCUUGAAGAAUACUGGCCAUUUUUCAAGAGCCUUGAUUAUGCAUGCUAAAUGUCUAAUCCAUCAUUCUUCAGGCCAUCCAUUCAUCAUGACGGUUGGUUGCGUAGCAGGAGAUGAGGAGACGUACGACGUCUUCGGUGACUUACUGGACCCCAUUAUUGAAAUGCGUCAUGGUGGAUUUAAGAAGACUGACAAACACAAGACUGAUCUGGAUGCUACCAAACUGAAAGGUGGCGAUGACCUCGAUCCUAAGUACGUGUUCUCAAGUCGCGUGAGGACUGGACGCAGCAUCCGGGGAUACUCCUUACCACCACAUUGUUCAAGAGCUGAGAGACGCAAGGUAGAUCAUUGAACCUUACAGUAUCUCAAUUGCACAGCGUAUUUAGUAACUUACUCACUACCUAACUACUUCACUUGCUUACUACCUAAUAAAUUUAUUAAUUAACUAGUUUUCUAAUUAACUAACCAACCAACCAAUUACCUAACUAAUCAACGAAAGUUACCUAACUAAUUUCCGUAACUAAUUAACAUCCCAACUAAUUAACUACCUACCUAACUAACUAAUUAACUGCCGAACUAACUACAUAACUAACUAAUUAACUACCUAACUAAUUAACUACCUACCUAACUGAUUAACUGCCCAACUAACUACACAAGUAACUAACUACCUAACUAGUCAACUAAUUACCUAACUAACCAACGAACUACCUAACUAAUUAACUACCUAGCUAAUUCAGUACCUUCGUUUACACCUCGACAAAGGAAGUCCUUAAAAGUUUUACCUCAGGACAAGAAGACAAACUGCAGAAUCAUCUGAUUUUGCAAGGCUCCAAAGAACAUCUAUAACUUCACCUUAACUACCUAACUGACUAAUUAACUACUUAACUAAUUAACUAUCUAACCAAUUAACUACCUAACCAACUACCAAACUAACUACCUAAUUAAUUAACUACCUUGGUACUUAACUAACUAUGAUUCGUCAUAAGGUCGAGAGAAUCACGGUGAACGCAUUGGAUCAAUUAGACGGGAAAUUCAAAGGGAAAUAUUACCCACUGAGCAAGAUGACAGAAAAGGAACAAAAUCAAUUAAUUGAUGAUCAUUUUCUCUUUGAUAAACCUGUUUCUCCAUUGCUGACUUGUGCUGGUAUGGCGCGAGACUGGCCUGACGCGAGAGGUGAGAUAUGGAAGUAACUUUAUUAUUUUAUCUAGUUUAUAGUUAACCCUAUUUUUCAUUCCGACAGGAAUCUGGCACAAUAAGGACAAAAAUUUCCUUGUCUGGGUCAACGAGGAAGAUCACAUCCGGGUCAUCUCGAUGCAAAAAGGCGGGAACAUGAAGGAGGUAUUUGAACGAUUCUGUACUGGACUCCAGAAGGCCGAGGAGCUUAUGAAGAAGGCUGGGUCCGAAUUCAUGUGGAACGAGCACUUGGGCUUCGUGCUCACGUGCCCUUCGAACUUGGGCACGGGAUUACGUGCUGGUGUGCACGUGAAAAUCCCGAACAUGGCUAAAGACGAGAAACGUUUGGACGGAAUCCUUGAGAAAUUGAAGCUUCAGAAACGUGGCACGGGGGGUGUUGAUACCGCGAGUGUUGGGGGUGUCUAUGAUAUUUCCAAUGCUGAUAGAAUUGGAUUUUCUGAAGUGGAAUUGGUCCAAGGAGUCAUCGACGGUGUCAAGUUGUUGGUUGAUAUGGAGAAAAGACUGGAGAAGAGUGAAGCGAUUGAUGACCUCAUUCCAAAAUAA